GAAGAUAAAUGUUUUAUCCAUGCCAGGACCCAGUUUAAAAUCCACACCAUUCCUCGCCGAUCACCUCCUUCUGAACGAGCGGACCUUCGUGUCCUCUUUGUUAAGUGAUAAAAACGUAUGACGUCAUUGCUUUUUUCGCGCAGCCGUAGUUUGGCGCUCAGAGCGCCUCUUACUUGGGAGCCACAGCUGUGCCCUUGGCCCAUGAUGCAGCGCGAUUGACACCCUCCUCCUGUGUCUUCGGUCUCCUGUUCUUCUUCCAGCUGCUCUCUCCUCCAACGAGCGUUUCUCUUUUUCUGUUUUUCAUGGAAGCCUCAAGGUACGGUUGGAAAGCUUGACAUGCAGUGCGCUGACAGAAUAGCCACCAGAUCAGCCUCAAAAUGACCACGGGCUUCAGCUCCAACUCCUGCCGAUUCGCGGACUACUUCGUCAUCUGCGGACUCGAUACCGAAACCGGUCUGGAACCGGAUGAGCUCUCCGCAUUAUGCCAGUUUAUACAGGCUUCUAAAAUGAGAGUGGGGCCCGGCCUCUUCACAGCCAGUGCGGAUGAAGGUGAGAAUUUUGAACAGAGUCCUUUAAGAAGAACAUUUAAAUCAAAGGUGUUGGCUCAUUAUCCGGAUAAUGUGGAGUGGAGUCCCUUCGACCAGGAUGCUGUAGGAAUGCUCUGCAUGCCUAAGGGGCUAUCUUUCAGGACUCAGUCAGACUGUAGAGAACCCCAGUUCCAUUCCUUCAUAAUCACCCGUGAGGAUGGCUCCAGGACUUAUGGUUUUUCUCUCACUUUUUAUGAGGAGGUCACCAGCAAGCAAAUCUGUAGUGCAAUGCAGACCCUUUACCACAUGCAUAAUGCAGAACAAUAUGAUAUCCUCCAUUCAUCCUCUAGCAGUGGGAGAGAUUGUGACAGCACUUUAGAAGAAUUUAAUGGAACAUCCAUUUCAAAAUUGCAACGUUUCAACUCUUAUGACAUUAGCAGAGACACACUAUAUGUCUCUAAAUGCAUCUGUUUAAUAACACCCAUGUGCUUCAUUCAAGCAUGCAGAAAAGUACUUGAACAACUUCACCAGGCUGUAACAUCUCCACAGCCUCCUCCAUUGCCAUUGGAAAGCUAUAUCUUCAAUAUACUUUAUGAGGUACCCCUUCCACCAUCAGGGAGGUCUUUAAAAUUCUCAGGUGUAUAUGGAGCAAUUGUAUGUCAGAGGCCAAGCACCAAUGAACUACCUCUCUUUGAUUUUCCUUUGAAUGAGGUUUUUGAACUCCUGGGUCUGGAAAAUGUAAUACAGCUCUUCACUUGUGCCCUUCUUGAGAUCCAGAUACUGCUGUACUCUCAACACUACCAGAGAUUAAUGACCGUGGCAGAGAGCAUCACAGCCUUAAUGUUCCCCUUUCAGUGGCAGCAUGUAUAUGUUCCCAUUCUACCUGCCUCCCUUUUACAUUUUUUGGAUGCUCCUGUUCCAUAUCUGAUGGGAUUACACUCCAAUGGCCAGGAUGAUCGAUCCAAACUGGAACUUCCUCAGGAAGCCAAUUUGUGUUUUGUUGAUAUUGACAACCACUUCAUUGAACUGCCUGAGGAUUUGCCUCAGUUUCCUAACAAGCUGGAAUUUAUUCAGGAAAUUUCAGAAAUACUAAUGGCUUUUGGAAUCCCUCCAGAAGGCAGUCUGCACUGCAGUGAAAGUGCCUCCAAGUUAAAAGGUCACCGGUCUAUUGAUGUCGCUUCAGACAAACGCAAUGGCAACAUUGCAUGCUCUCCUCUGAACUCAUACAAACUCUUAAAAGAGAAUGAAACCAUUGCACGACUGCAGGCCCUAGUGAAAAGGACAGGAGUCAGUGUAGACAAGCUUGAAGUAAGGGAUGAAGCAAGCAAUAACAAGGACUUAAAGGUCCAAUGUGAUGAAGAAGAGCUUAAGAUGCAUCAGUUGAACAUUCAAAUCAGAGAGGUGUUUGCCAAUCGUUUCACACAAAUGUUUGCCGAUUAUGAGGUGUUUGUGAUUCAGCCCAGUCAGGACAAAGAGUCCUGGUUUAGCAACAGAGAACAGAUGCAAAACUUUGAUAAAGCAUCUUUCUUGUCAGACCAGCCUGAGCCAUAUCUGCCUUUCUUGUCAAGGUUUCUUGAAACACAGAUGUUUGCAUCUUUUAUUGACAAUAAAAUAAUGUGCCAUGAUGAUGAGGACAAAGACCCAAUUUUAAGGGUUUUUGACUCGAGAGUUGAUAAAAUCAGAAUGUUGAAUGUAAGAACCCCAACCUUGAGGACAUCAAUGUACCAAAAGUGUACGAUGAUUGAUGAGUCAGAUGUUCUGCUUAAAAAGAGGUUUGAGCAUUUUGAUCUGGUUGCUCCUGCUCCUCACUGUAUUGGAUUGGAGAACUAUAAAGCUCAUCUUAAAAAAGCAAUAGAAAUGAGACUCGCAAAAAUUGAUCAUACUGCCUUGCACCCCCAUUUGUUGGACAUGAAGAUUGGUCAAGGGAGAUAUGAGCCUGGUUUCUUUCCUAAGUUACAGUCAGAUGUACUGUCUACAGGGCCAACCAGCAACAAAUGGGCUAAAAGAAGUGCUACUGCACAGUGGAGACGGAAAGACAGACAGAAGCAGCAUGCUGAACAUUUGUACCUCGAUAAUGAUCAGAGAGAGAAAUACAUUCAAGAAGCAAGAAGUCUGGGAACAACUAUUCGCCAGCCAAAGCUGUCCAAUCUAUCUCCUUCUGUAAUUGCACAAACUAAUUGGAAAUUUGUGGAGGGCUUACUAAAAGAGUGCAGAAACAAGACAAAAAGGAUGCUGGUGGAAAAAAUGGGUCGAGAAGCUGUGGAGCUGGGCCACGGAGAGGUCAACAUCACAGGAGUAGAAGAAAACACACUCAUAGCUAGUCUUUGUGAUCUCCUAGAAAGAAUUUGGAGUCAUGGACUGCUUGUUAAGCAGGGUAAAUCUGCAUUGUGGUCUCACAUGUUGCAUUAUCAGGAAAGUAAAGAGAAGAAGGAAUCAACGUCAGGAAGUUUGAAUACUCCAGGCUUUAUCCAGGACACAGAAAGGAGAAAAUCUGAUGUUGGGCCUGUCAUGUGUCCCCUUAAAGUUUCACUCAUUCAGGAUAUGCGACAUAUUCAGAAUAUCAGUGAGAUCAAAACUGAUGUUGGGAAGGCCAGGGCUUGGGUGCGACUGUCAAUGGAGAAAAAACUGCUUUCUAGGCACCUGAAGCAGCUGCUGUCUGACCAUGAGCUAACCAAAAAACUAUAUAAACGUUACGCUUUUUUGCGUUGUGAUGAUGAGAAAGAACAAUUCCUAUACCAUCUUCUCUCCUUCAAUGCUGUGGAUUACUUUUGCUUCACAAAUGUUUUCACUACAGUAUUGAUUCCUUAUCAUGUACUAAUUAUCCCCAGCAAAAAACUGGGGGGCUCCAUGUUUACAGCCAACCCAUGGAUUUGUAUAUCUGGAGAGAUGUCUGACACAGGAGUCUUACAAAUUCCUAAAAACAUUCUUGAAAUGACCUUUGAGUGUCAAAAUCUUGGGAAACUGACAACUGUCCAGAUUGGUCAUGAUAACUCAGGACUGUAUGCAAAGUGGUUGGUUGAAUUCGUCAUCGUCAGAAACGAGAUAACUGGUCAUGCAUACAAGUUUCCCUGUGGACGUUGGCUAGGAAAGGGAGUGGAUGAUGGUAGUUUAGAACGUAUCCUAGUAGGAGAACUUGUAACACCCAACAUGGAAAGUGACGAGCGAUUGUGCAGAACACCGCCCAUGCAGCAGUCUCCUAGUAUGAUGAGGAGAUUUGUUACCAUAUCGCCGAACAGUAAACCAAAGCUCAAUACUGGCCAGAUACAGGAGAGUGUUGGAGAAGCAAUGAAUGGCAUAGUGAAGCACUUCCACAAACCAGAGAAAGAGAGAGGAAGUUUGACACUGCUGUUAUGUGGAGAAAAUGGCUUGGUCUCUGCUUUGGAGCAGGUGUUUCAGCAUGGGUUCAAAUCUCCUCGGCUCUUCAAAAAUGUCUUUAUUUGGGAUUUUUUAGAAAAAGCACAAGCGUACUUUGAAAGCUUUGAUCAGAGAGAAAUGACUGAAGAUGAGAACUGGCAGACCAGAGCACAGACCUUCUGCAGAUUUAUGAAUGCAGUUAACAACACACCACGAAACAUUGGGAAAGAUGGCAAAUUUCAGCUGCUGGUGUGCUUGGGGGCGAGGGACCACUUGCUGCACCACUGGAUUGCUCUCCUUGCCGACUGCCCUAUCACCGCACAAAUGUAUGAAGACAUGGCUCUGAUUAAAGACCACACGCUAGUGAACUCACUAAUCCGAGUCCUGCAAACACUCCAAGAGUUUAACAUCACCUUAGAAGCUUCUUUAGUUAAAGGAAUUUGUAUUUAGAAUCUCUUUCAUACAGUCCAUCGUACAUAUUUCCAUAGAAUGAAAACUAGGAAAUUCAAACAUUGCAACCUUUUCUGAUGGAGAGAGACCAGCGUACAGCAUUCUGACGGCUUAUUUUAAAGCUACAGUGCAGUGCGCUGGGUAUCGUGUGCAAUGAGACGACUGUGGACGUGUCACGCUGGCUGCAACAGAAUUGAAUGAUCUGUGAGGACCUUGUGUGUGCUAGAUUAUGAUUACCAAUGUAGUUUAUUUUUAGUUGUUUGUUCAUAUAUAUAAUAUGAAAGGACUUAAUUUUAAUAUAUUUAAAAUGGAAAAAGCAGUAUUAUUUUGAUAUUCUUGUCUGUUUGCUUGCACUAUUGUUAAAUACGUUACCAAUUCUAACAGAGGGUGAAUGCUGAGCUCUGACCCAGUCGCCUCAAAAGUAUACUUUAUAAGUACUAUAUUUACAAUGCAGGUAGGAUUUUAAAACAAACUAUAUAUGUGUGUGUGUGUGUGUGUGUGUGUGUGUGUGUGUGUGUGAGUGAGUGUGUGUAUGUAUGUGUGUGUGUGAGACGUCUGUAUGCCUAAGUGCAUUGAUGUUUUGUUUUUUUUUUGCUGCAUUUACAGACUGUUCCGAUUCCACAUGAAACGAUAGGAAGCAUAAGAACUUUUUACUGGAUAUUAAUUUUCAUAAUUGCUUUACUCAUCCCACCUGCGUGGCUCCUAGGAUUUUUAUCCUGGCAGCAGGAUUUAGGAGUUUCACCAUUUCAGAUGACCACUGUUGGGACAAAGUAAGUGGAAGUAAAUCAAAUUGGUCUUGUCGCUUGAUGACAAACCCCGUGGUCUCCUGCUUUGCCUUUGCUGCAUUCAUUUUUUUGAUUUUCGGAGUCUCCGACUUGAGCGUGGAAUAUGCGAGUCUUGGUGUGCGUAAGACAUGGCCACCUUGUGUUGCGAGUCUGAUGACGUGCCAGCCAGUGAGUGUGCUGUAAUUGUUAUGUACAGAUGAGCUGUUUCUGUCACUUUGCUGCUACAGUCAUUUGUUCCAGCAUCAGUAUAGAUAAGCGAGGCACUGCCAGUGUCAGAGCUAUGGCUGCCUUGGUCACUUUCUCACAUGCACGUGUUUUUCUUUUCUCUCUGCCAUCAUUUUAUUGUUGGCUCGCCUGCCAAUAUCAUGUGGCUCCAAACUCUGUUAGUUCAUUAAAUUGUAAUCUGGUCGCUCUUGUCUGUACACAAUGCAGCGAUCAAAACCCCCGUAAACUCAUUUGUGGUCCACUCCGCCUUGCUCUCUGGCGGCUGUUGUGGAUUUCGGCAGCACUCAUUUUAGAUCUUUUCUUCCCAUAUAUAUAUAUAUAUAAAUGGCUAUACUUCCCAGCUUGACCAAACUGUGAUCCCCAAGUACAUCAAACAAACUAUAAAGAGAAGGGCAACUGGUAAAUACAACAGCGCACCACCCGUUGGUAGCCAAAGUGAAAUUGAAAGUGGUGGUCAAGCAUAUUUCAGUAGACACGGCAAAGAGGACCUCAGACUCAAACUGGUUUGUCUGAGUAAACUGGGCAAAAACAGGCCCAAUACUUACAGAUGGCAGUGUGUGCGCAUCUCGCUCUACAUAGACGUGCAUAGAAUAUAACUACACGUUUAUCAACAAAUACAAUGCACACUUGACGAAUUUUCCAAUUAAAUUAAUUUCCAUGCAUUAUGUACAAAAUCUCUCUCCUGGAGAAAGAAAACAAAGCAAAAACUUUUAAAAUGAGACGUUUUAUUCCCCUCAUUUGUAACUGUUCAAGUAUAGCAGUAGGCUCUAAUCGAGUAUUUCUUAACCGUUUCUUUUAAAAACUCCUCCUUUAAUUUGUAAGGAGGAGAUGUAAGCAGUAAACUCCAUGGCGUUACCAUAUUUGAAAACCGCAUUGGUCUGUUUGUGAAGGUCUGUAGUUUAUUUAAUGCUGCUGAGACGUUUUUACCUCAUAACAUCAAACACAAAAGCUCACUGCCACCUUUGCAUGCAAACCGGACCCUAAACGUCUGAGGCACACAAGCACGUAUUUCACUUUUCAGGCGUGACGGCCAUAACUGACAGUAUUCAUAAAACACGGCCACACAAUCAAAGGGCACGUACAACUCGUGUUAGAAACGUAACUUUUAUCUCGCAGUGUUCUGUCGACAGGCCGCUAACAUCUUACAGACACGGCGACAUCCCGUUCGGUCAAUCGAAAACAGAGCUGUCAUUAAUCAGAAAGUAGAUUUCAAACUGCAUACUGUCCGUGAUUUUAGUCUGUUUAACUGUGGUGUGUUGUUUUAUUUUUACUCUUGUAGACCCCCUUACCGAAGGCAGCUUCAAACAUUAGUAUACAAUUCUUUUUAAGUUUAUAUUAGGCUAAAUGGCGUUGCUCGGGUCGCUCCAUGUUGGAGGGUCCAGUGCAUCAGGCGGCCUACUGGUAGCCAUCAGGAUCUGAGCCUGUGACGGGAGACCCCGGUAGAUCUGCUAGCCCACUCUCUUUACUAUUUGGCCGUGUCUGUAUGUCGUCGGCCUCUCGGGAUUCCUCUUUGUAACCGAGUUGUGUUCAUCUUCUGUCUCCUAAAUGUACCAGUGCACUGAGGCAGCUCUGUUUGUGUCUUGUGAGUUUCCAAAGCACGUGAUCUAAUGAAUUUAAGAACUAACAUGAAAAUAAUUCUCAUUCUGUAGGACGUGAUCAUAUAAAAGCUUACAGAGCUGUAUGCACACUUGCCACUGAGCCCGAGGGAUGUCCUCCGUGUAGAGUGAGUGCUCCGCCAUGCAGUAUUGGGACCCCGAGACAUGGCAGCCGCGGCCUGUGCGUUUCAGACUAGUGAAGAUUCCUUUUCUGGAUCGCUUUCCUGUAAAAAGUAAACCGUGUUGGCUGCCAUACUGGCCAUUCAGAGUUUUCCUGGUGAAAAUGCCACACCAGGCUAUAAUCAAUAAAACAGAAGCGCUGCGUGUGUGUGCGUUUGUACCUGCAGUCAUUUAUACCCAAGGUGUCAUGCGUGUUUGCUGCCUUCGCUUCAUACAGACGUCCUCUUCGUCGAGAGUGCCUGCUGCUGCUCCUCUCAUAAAUGUCUACGCUACGCAGUAAAACUUGGAGCAUUUGGGUAAAUCGUCUCUGAAACCGUCAAUCCAGCGUUUUGUUAACUUCUGUGUCAAACUGGGACACACGACGAGUAUCUUUUUAUGUUGUUGUUUUUUUAAUUUUGUUUUCAGUCUUUUGUGAUUACGAAAAGGCAUUUCAAGAAAAUCCAGAAAUGCCAAAGUCAGGUCACCUGCUGAAACUCGUAAUGUCGGCGGUGAGCUGAUGUGACCCGCUUGUGGGGGAGACGGACGUGAGGUUCCCGGGGGUGUUGCUGUUUUAUUUUAUUGUUCAUACUAGGGCUGUGUUCCAAAUAGUUACUCACAUGGUGUACAGUGUAUAAAAUGUAAUACAAUAAAAACCGUGCCGGGUGGCAAGUGUGUGUAAAGAGCGUAUCGUAUAUUUUUACAUAAUGAACUUGCUGUGGUAAGUGGACGGCUACUAACACGGCGCCUGGCGAGUGCUUUUCUAGAGAGCUUUUUUACCUUUGUAACUGCUCUGGUUGCCUCUGUUCUGUCCGUGAACCGUAGCAUUGUACAUACUGUAGAGAUGUCCUCGAGUAGUUGCAUUGAAAUUGUCCUCUCUAAUAAACUGCAGACAUUUCCUAA